AGCCUGGGAGACCCCUUGGCGCGAAUUCAUUCAAAAUGUCGGCUGGUACAGCUUCCACGAGUCUUCGGCAGAAAUACAGCUUUCUCCUCUCGUCCUUCGCUAGCGAUGAAAAAGAAAGCCUCGCCAAGAAAAUAGACAUCUUGGGUGGUACUUAUACCGAAACACCGCACUUUAUAACUAGCUGUACUCAUAUUGUGUGCAACAAGCCCAACCGAGGGGAGAAGUUCUUGUGUGGCUGUGCUACUGGGAAAUGGCUGCUCAGGAAAGAGUACUUAGAGGACAGUUUUGCUGCACAGCAGUGGCUUGAUGAGGAGCUUUAUGAAUGGAAUGAUGCCUGCAAUGUUCCUGGUUUGCGACAGGAUCACGUUUCAGCUCCAAUGAGAUGGAGAAAACUUUCCGAGAAGGAGAGAGGGCCCUUUGAUGGUUGGAAUGUCCUGGUGCUGGUUAAUGAUGCAAAAAGAAGAAUAGCUUAUAAAAGGCUGCUUGCCGCUGGCCAAGCUAGGAUUCUGAAUGGAAAACCAGGGGAUACUUAUAUGCCUAAGCUGGCCAAGAAGCUGACACAUGUGUUUGUAGAGAAGAGUUUAGAGUGUGACGUCGAAGGUCUUGCCAAGGCGGGCGUACCAUGCUUAUCCCCUGAUUACAUUCCUGAAUACAUAUUAAGGCAUCCAAAGCCAUGUAAAGAUGAAUUUUCCAUAUCCAUCUACACCCACUUGACAUCUACUACAGCUCAGAAUAAAUCCCACAAGGACACCCCUGAGUACCCAACAGGUUCUUACACUAAUCAUAGAACAAGAAUACAAGACUUGCUUGCCAAGUGUCCCAAGAAAAGGCUCUCUGGUGAAUUACCCGCCCAUCAGAUGUCACCGACCAAGAAGGCUAAACUAGAAGGGUUCCAGUUUAUAACUCCAAAAUGGCUGGAUCUGUCUUUUACAAACCCUACCCUUGGGAGAAGGAUGGAGCAAAAGCAGAAUGUGUCAAGCCAUAAGACUCAGACCCCUGUAUCAGCUUUCCCUGACCAAGUACUGGAUUCAGUGAGCAGCUAUAUGGACGCCUCUCAUGAGAUAUCUGCAAUAGACUUAAUGGGUUCCUUUCUAUCCGACAAGUGCCACCCUAGUGACGCCCUCAUCCACAUAAUGAUGAACAAACUGUUGCUGAAAGCAUCAACUAUUCGACAAGCAGUCAAGGCAUACUCCUGGCUCCAAAAGCUCUUAUAUCUCCACCCGCCAUCCACAAAGUCGUGUUUAUACUUGUCUGCCCUGACUCCACCAGAAGAUAACCCAAGCAGUCAGGUGUUCAAACAAAGCACAGAAUGGGCUUAUCUGAGUAAUGUGGCAAGCAUGGCUCUUGGUCUCAGUGACAACAUAAAUCCCCCUGCUGGUGUUCCCUCCAGCCAAUUGAUGGAGAAUAGUAUGCUGCUACUGAAGUUUCUAACAUGUGUCUUGGAAAUGGAUUUCAACUGUCUAUUUUUGAAGGGACAAACAGAGACCAGCAAGCCUUCUUAUGACAAGUCCCUUGUGUGGAGAAUUCUCUGGCCAAAUGGAAUGGGAUCAUCCAUUAACUGUCAUGUCAGGGCUCUGUUCAGACUAACAUGGAAAGCAUGUACAGAAGUGGACAAUCAAGCAACUAAGAUGCCAGUGCUUAAUUCACUACAGAAUAUGGUUGCUAUGGUAGCAGCAUGCUGUGAGUAUGCUGAUCAGGACACCAACACUCCUGUUGCAUUGAUUGGCACUAGGAUGUCCUCUUUGGCCACCGAGAUGAUGCUGACGUGUGGUCAAAGCCACGAGGCAGAAGGGCCACUGCGGCUAUUUCUGGAAACCUGUCGUCCUUCAUGGCUGAAGAUGAAGGUCACUGAGAUCAUGCUUGGUGGCUUUGACGAUUGUCUAGUACCGCAAGUCAGCAAGGAUCUGCUUGCAAGAGGACUCUCACUCAAAAAAAUCGUAAACUGCUACUUCUUUCUACUUCCUCGAGACGCAACAACCUUGAUCAACAAAGACGCAACUGAGGUUAAGAGCAAGACACACACCAAAUCAGGACGAGAUAAGAGAGCUUCUGUUCUACAAGUACUUGCAAAGGCCAACACACACUAUGAAAGGACCACCACUAAAAAGACCUCCACUGUCAACAGGAGAAAUAUUCGAGGAGAGACACCAUUGCAUGUGGCCUGCAUACGGAAUGACCCAGCAAAAGUCAAUGAGCUCAUUUCCCAGGGUGCUGACGUAAACCUGGUGGAUAAUGCUGGCUGGACACCUCUGCAUGAGGCUUGUAACCAUGGCAAUGUAGCUUGUGUUAAGGAGAUUUUGAAAGUGAGACCAAUAGUGUAUGAAAAGAGAGAAGCAAUGACUGGUCUGUACAUCCUGUCCUCUCCAAUUUGUGGCACAACUCCUCUUCACGAUGCAGCCGUUAAUGGUCAUCUGGAAGUAACAAAGCUACUGGUAGCAGCAGGAGGUCUUCCCUUACUGGAGGUAAAAAAUGCAACUGGUUUGAGGCCGUACGAUGUAGCAGCUAGCUUGCAAAUGAAACUGUAUCUGUCCACCAAAGAGCACAAUCUGAAAAAUAAACCUGCACCUGCCGACAUCAUGCCCACGGGUGCAGAGGACCACCGGCUACCCACCCCAGAAAUGUAUGAUCAUGCCCUAGGAAAGAAGGGCCGUCACAUCAACAGCAGACAUAUACCCCCUGGCAAGUGCGAGCUGUACCUACUCAUACUAUCCCAUCUUGUGCAGAGCUUUGCCAGGAUUCAUAACCAUUACCAUGUGGACAUGUCUGACAUCAGUGCUUUAAAGAAUCAUGUCCAGCGAAUUAUAGCUCAGGAGAACUUAACGGUCCUGUGUAGUAUACGUGUGAGGGCAUUAGAGCUGCUCUCUAAACUGCCUGUGUAGUGUAUACACCAACUUGUUAACCACAACCUCCAUACUACAAGAACUGUUUUUAUACAAAAACCUAAUUCCCAGUUUAAGUAUCCUAUGCAAGUCCCACGAAGGCUAGUUCUACUGUAUAGAUGCAAACAAAUGAACUAGAAUUGUCGCCUGAUCUUUCUGUUUUAUCAGUGUAUGCACAAGGGAACUAGGACGACUGCCUAAGUUUGAGAAAAUCACAGUUGAAUAAUUUCACAUUAUGAAAGAAUGAAGGUUGCCACAUGGUCUGUGGUGCUGCUAGCCAGGAAGAGGGAGGGACGACCCCUCCACGAACAUGUAAAGGACUGAUAUCACUACAAUUAAUGUUUUUAUCAAUACAGAUAAAACAUCUCACAAUUUGAGAUGCCAUUUAAGGGGAGGCUUUAAUUGUUAUGUUUUUAUAUAUAAAAAAUACUGAUGAGAAAUGUUUUAUCAAAUUUUAAUAAAAUAACUAUAUUAUGGUA